UCCAUUCCGGCUCCGGAGGGUCUAGGAGCCUCGGGCAGCCGCGCCGGCAGGCAGGCAGGGAUCCGCUCCCCGCCAUCGCGUAGCAACGCGGCGCCGCAGCCCGCCCGCAUCCCGCAUCUCGCAUCCCUCCCGCGGCCAUGGCCGGGCUGCGCUGGGCCGCCCCGUGCGCGGCCCUGGCCGUGCUUUUGGCAGUCUGGAGCCUGCCCCGAGGAGGCAGCGCCGAGAGGCUCUUCCUCAACGAGUGGGCGGCGGAGAUCCCUGCCGGUCCCGACGCGGCCAGAGCCAUUGCGGAGGAGCUGGACUACGACCUCGUGGGGCAGAUUGGAUCCCUCAAAAACCACUAUCUAUUCAGACAUAAAAGCCAUCCCAGACGGUCCCGAAGAAGUGCCAUUCAUAUCACUAAGAGACUUUCUGAUGAUGAGCGAGUGUCAUGGGCAGAGCAGCAAUAUGAAAAGAAGCGAACUAAGCGUGCCACUGUGAGAGACUCCGCAGAAAGUCUUUUCAAUGAUCCUAUGUGGAAUCAGCAGUGGUAUCUGCAAGAUACAAGAAUAAAUCCAUCCCUGCCCAAGCUGGAUCUUCAUGUUAUUCCUGUGUGGCAAAAAGGGAUUACAGGCAAGGGAGUUGUUAUCACAGUACUGGACGAUGGCUUGGAGUGGAAUCACACUGACAUCUAUGCCAACUAU